CCACACACUGUGAAGCAUCCAGGUGACGGGAUGUAAAGCGAGAACAGUCACAGACAAAAUAGGCCCUAGUUGCCCGGGAAGCCUUAGAGUACGAUCGCCAUUUCCUUUCCCAGUAUGGUCACCUAGUUUGCCCCUCAAUUUUAUGGCAUACAACUCUCUGAACAGACAUAUCAACAUCACACACUCUGCGUCUCCUUCUCCCUCUCGCUCUUCCUCCUUCCUUCCUUCUCCUUUCUCUCUAUAUUUUCUCAUCAGGGUCAAAGCGUUUUUUUCUCUCUCCAGCAGCCAAAUACCCCCUUUCGCCGAACCCUCGGUUAUUUACAGCCUCAACCCGCUUUCAUUACGUGGAACUACGUGCAAACUUGAGCCAGCUUUCCUACAAUACCUUAAGGAACCCCGACAAGGCUUCACUUGCUCACCAUUCUACUCGGGAACCUCCCUCGACCAACACACACUUUCGGGGGCCUCUUUCAACAUAGAAUCUCUUCCCUUUUUGUUGGUGUCACGCCUGGCAAUAUGGAAGGAAGUUGCCACUGCCAUCUUGUUGAUUGUUGGGGUGUCACCUCUCUGGUGGUUGCCUCACUUGAUGUUGCACCGUACCUGCCACGAGUUGCCGCUCCCCACUACCCGACUAAAUCUUCUCAUUCUCACGCGAUCCACGCCUUCAAGCGCCAUGAAGAAGGGCAUUGUUUUCGGUCUUGGUGGCCUUGUCGGCCUCUGCGCCGCUCAGGAAAUCCCUGGCCUGGCGGAUCUCCCCGAGUGCGGUCAAUUCUGUAUCAAUGCUAUGCAGGGCUCUACCAUUGCCGAGCAACUUGGCUGCAACCAGGGUGAUCUUGGCUGCCUCUGUCGUCAACAAGACUUUAUCUACGGUGUCCGCGACUGUUCCUUCCAGUCGUGCUUCGGCGAAGGUGAAGCCGAUAGCGUUCUUAGCUUCGGUUACAGCCUCUGUGCAAGUGAGCCUACAUAACUAUCCCACAUCGCCUUUGCGAAUCUACUGACCCGGCUUGGCUCCUUCUCCCUUCUAAGACAACGGCGUCGUUAUAAGCACCAUCGCUCAUUCUACGGCAUGUCUCACCACACUCCGCCAAUUUUGUGACGUUUCUCUAACCCUACCAUAGGCUACGGCUACCGCAACUAC